AUGGCCACAAAACGCACCGCCCAAGAAAUCCUGCAAGCUGCCCACAUAGCUCCAGAGAUAUUCACCCUCCGCCCAGACUACCGUGCCCUGCUAAUGGUAGUCGAGGGAAUCCCCAAAGGCCCCAGCGACACAACAAGCGAAGAAAUGCUCCAAGAAGCCGAACACCACGUCAAAACCCUCCUCUCCAAAUCCCCCAUCACCGAAUUCCCACACAUCGCCGCCUGGAGAGAAACAUACAAGAGCUUCGGCGCCAAGCCCCAGAAAACCCGAAACAGCCUGGAAGCCCUGUCCCGCCGUGCAGAAGCUGGUCUACCACGCGUGAACCGGCUAACCGACAUCUACAAUGCGAUUUCGGUGAAACAUCAUAUCCCACUGGGCGGGGAGGAUUUGGAUAAAUACGAUGGUGCGCCGUUCCUUACUCGUGCUACGGGGAAGGAGCCCUUCCAGACUUUUUCGGGUGGAGAGCCGCUGGUGGAAAACGCGGUUGCUGGGGAGCCUAUUUGGUGUGAUGAGACAGGCAUUACUUGUCGCCGGUGGAAUUGGCGACAGGGUCCGCGGACGGCGUUGACGGAUGAGACUACGAGAGUUCUUUUUAUUAUGGAUGCCCUGGAGCCGCUUUCGAGUGAGGAGCUACUUAAGGCUGCUGACGAGCUUGCUUCGGCAUUAAAAUGCUUGUCGCCGGAUGUGCGGACGUCGCAGCGUAUUAUUGAUGCUUCUUCUUAA